AUGGCUGGAGUAGCCCAAGCUCCGAAGAGAGCACUAGCCCCACAGGGAAGAGGUCCUCGCUCUCCUCCUCGCCCUCGCUUUGCCCCAGUCGAUCGCGAAAAGACUUGUCCCCUGUUGCUUCGAGUUUUCACUAAGGUUGGAAGUCAUCAUACCAAUGAAGAUUUUGCAGUGAGGGGAAAGGAGCCUAAGGAUGAAGUUCAAAUUUAUACAUGGAAAGAUGCUAAUCUUCGCGAGUUAACUGAUCUGGUCAAAGAGGUUGCUCCUGCAGCUAGAAGGAGAAAUGCAAAACUGUCCUUUGCUAUUGUAUAUCCAGAUAGGCAUGGUCAUUUUGUGGUCAAAGAGGUGGGGAGGACGCUUUCUUAUGGAAAUGGAAGAUUAGACGAUGCCAAAGUUUUGGCUGAACUUGGCUUUGCGAUUGGAGAUUACUUGGAUGUGUCGAUUAUGUAG